AUUCGGGGGAGAGAGACCGGGGACCGGAGGGAGAUCGCUGUCCCCUCACCCUCCUUCCCGAGUGAGGAGGCACUGCGCGACGACUGGGGGCACUUCUCUUCGAGUCUGGGGUGUCCAAUCCUGGCUCCAUCUGCUGCCGGUUCCCGCCCCACACUGCCUCACCCGUCCGCCGGUCAGCCACUCAGGCUGCGGGCCCGGGGUGAAGCCAGGGGGGUACCGUUGGGUCUAAGGGGCGGGGCGGUUUCCAUGGACUGAGUACCCGUCCCCUCCCGAUCCGAUCCAGUCUAAGGGGGUUUGUCGAUGUGCUCAGUCCUCCCUCCCCCAGACUGAGGAAUAGCAUCUGUCUCUUCCCCUUCUCAAUCCAAUGGCUCUGUCCUCCCUGCAUCCCUCAUACUGAGGGGAGUAGGGGGACGUCCAUGUACUUUCCCAUCCCAGUCACUGGGGGGGUAAAGUAAUUUUAGAAGGAAAAAGUUCCUGUGUCACUUACUCAGAUCUGCCUCACAGCUAAAUCUCUUUGUAAAAUCUGUACUUCACUCCACUCCUCUCCAGAGAUUUUCUCAUUGCACUGUGGCACAGUUUGGAAGCAGUCAGAAGCUGUUCUCUCACCUGAUCCUGAAUUUGAAAUUGGAAGACGAUCUUUUGCAGUGGCUAACUCUACACUUGAUGUACGGCUGGAGUUUGGGGCAAUGAAUAUAACGGAAAGAGAAAUUCCUUGAUGUUUCUCAAAUACACUUUUUCUAAUUGCUGCUUAUAAUUAAUUACUGAAGCAAGUAUGUGCUCGUGGAGUGAGAAACUCAAUGCUGACCUUUCUGGGACCAUGGAUGCUAGCAACAUGAAGAAAUACCGACGUGAGGCUUACCACCGAGUGUUUGUAAACCGCAGUUUGGCAAUGGAGAAGAUUAAAUGUUUUGGAUUUGACAUGGACUACACUCUAGCAGUGUACAAAUCUCCAGAAUAUGAGGCUUUGGGCUUCGAUUUGACCGUUGAGCGCUUGAUCUCCAUUGGGUAUCCUCAGGAGCUAUGCAACUUUGUCUAUGAUCCUGUUUUCCCUACCAGAGGUCUGAUCUUUGACACAUUAUAUGGAAACUUGCUGAAGGUGGAUGCAUAUGGGAACAUCCUGGUCUGUGCCCACGGAUUCAACUUCAUGAGGGGCCCAGAUAUAAGGGAGCAAUAUCCAAACAAGUUUAUUCAGCGAGAUGAUACUGAACGCUUUUACAUCCUCAACACCCUCUUCAAUUUGCCAGAGACCUAUCUGUUUGCUUGUCUGGUUGAUUUUUUUACGAAUUGCCCCCGAUACACAAGCUGUGAAACAGGAUUUAAAGAUGAUGAUCUCUUCAUGUCCUACAAGAGUAUGUUCCAGGAUGUGCGAGAAGCUGUCGACUGGGUCCACUACAAGGGAUCUUUGAAAGAAAAGACUUUGGAAAACUUGGCAACCUAUGUUGUUAAAGAGCCUAAACUUGCACUGCUGCUGAGCCGAAUGAAUGAAGUUGGCAAAGUAUUUUUGGUCACAAACAGUGAUUACACUUACACCAAUAAAAUCAUGACGUACAUGUUUGACUUCGCACAUGGUCCUGAGCCUGGCACUGCUCACCGCCCAUGGCAGUCAUACUUCGACUUGGUUGUAGUGGAUGCUCGGAAACCACUGUUUUUUAGUGAGGGAACAGUUCUGCGACAAGUGGACACGGCAACUGGUCACCUGAAGAUUGGGACACACACAGGACCCCUCCAGCAUGGGAUUGUGUACUCGGGUGGUUCCUCAGAUAUUAUGGGUGACCUGCUGGGGACAAAAGGCAAAGACAUUUUGUACAUCGGUGAUCACAUUUUUGGUGAUAUUUUGAAGUCGAAGAAGCGACAGGGCUGGAGAACAUUCCUGGUCAUCCCAGAACUCGCUCAAGAGCUACAUGUCUGGACUGACAAAAGCACUUUGUUUGAAGAGUUGCAGAGUCUGGAUGUGUUUCUGGCUGAACUAUACAAGCAUCUAGACAGUAGCAGUAAUGAGAGGCCUGACAUCAGUGCCAUUCAGAGAAGGAUCAAGAAAGUCACUCAUGAUAUGGACAUGUGUUAUGGGAUGAUGGGGAGCCUUUUCCGUAGUGGCUCCCGUCAAACACUCUUUGCCAGUCAGGUGAUGCGUUAUGCCGAUCUGUAUGCAGCAUCCUUCAUCAAUCUUCUCUACUAUCCCUUCAGUUACCUCUUCCGUGCUGCCCAUGUCUUGAUGCCUCAUGAGUCAACAGUGGAGCACAGCCAUGUCGAUAUUCAUGAUGUUGAGUCUCCAAUGGCAACUCGCAACCGCUCAACAAGCUCCAUGGAUAUUAAAGAGACUGAGUACAAACGGCACCAUCUCACUCGAUCAAUUAGCGAAAUAAAACCACCCAACCUUUUCCCACAAACUCCACAAGAAAUUACACACUGCCAUGAUGAAGAUGAUGACGAAGAGGAGGAAGAGGAGGAAGAAUAAUAAGCAAGUGAAUCUCUUUAAUCCUGCCCCAUCCCACAGAAGUGACAUGGUUUUAAGUAUGUAAAAUUGAAGAUUAGUAACCUGAUCAGAAUGGAAAGAUGACUGUGAAAUGUUCAAUGGAUUCAAAGGGACAGGGUUUCGUUUCAAACCUGGAAAUUUGUGAGAAUCGCUAAAUAUUGAAACUUGUUUUUCAGUUUUCCUUUAAGUAAUUUGACAAUGUGCAAAUGAAUUUUAAUUGCAAGUCAGAAGUUUGCAUUGAAUGCAGGAAAUGAUGGACUUUGAAGACUGAGUUAAAUAUUGUCACGUCUGUGACAAAUUCAUUGGAUGUUUCACUGAAGAUAAUAGUUGUUGGAAAGGGAAUUGUAAAAUUGAGCCUGUAAUUUCUGUCUUUGACUUAGCACAGCCUGAGAUUCUGACAACACCAGCAAAUUGUUUUAACCUCCUCUUAAAGUGAGCCUUUUUUGGAUCCGUCCUCUGGAUUUUAUAUGUUUUAUUCUUAUAUUUUUGUUAUAGUUCUGGGGGUUUGGUCUCACUAUGGAAUUUGAGUUUAUGAAUGAUUGAUUGGAGUAGGAUCAGGGAACUUUAUGCAUUCACUUUUCAAAGUUGACUAAUGUUAACCUUGGUACAGAGAAGUUGCAUGUUUCUGCAGCAAUUGGAGUUUGAGAAUGGGUCCUUGAAGCUGCUUCUGUUGGACAAUACUUGAACAUCUGGUGGAUCUUCAGUGUGAGACAACAAGAGUUGGGAAUCCCACAAAUGUUUUUAGGGUGGGUGAUGUGGUAUGUAGAAAUGACUGUAUGUGGUAUCACUGCACAAAUUGCAGUUUAUAUUUUUCUAAUUGCUUUCCUUUCAGGGUCAGUGUUCCCACAGUGGCUUGGGGUUUGGAUCCAAAUUCAGUCAAGUGUAGAACUGACCAUUUUGGUUAAAGAUGAUGUGAGAAAUUUAAAAGUUUUAAUUGGGAUUAUGUAAAGGGAGUUUUGCUGUGCAUAAGCACCUAACCUUUUGCUGUAUCUGCCCAGGGAGAAUAAAUUACAUUUAGUAUUGUAACAUUUAGGACAAGCAGCCCUUGAUUGGUAUCCCAGCUGCCAUCUUAACUGUUUAACCUUUUCACCACUGCACAGUGGCAGCAGUGUGUACCGUCCACAAGAUGCACAGGAGCAACUCACUCAGGCUGUUUCAAAGCCACACCCCUUUGCAACUAGAAGGAGAAAGGAGAGGAAACACACAGGACAAUAACCUGCAUAACCUUCUCCACUUGCAGGUCAUCCAUUUGGAAAAUUAUUUUCAAUUUCUUUGUCAUUAUUGGGUCAAAAUCCUGUAAAUUUCUCUUUAAUACCACUGUGGCAAUACUUUAACCAAGCCAACUGCAAUGAAUCAUGGUCACCACCAUGUUCUUGAGGGCAAUAAAUACUGGCCUUGCUGGCAGCACCUACUAUUUCUUUGAUACUCAAAAUAAAAAAUAAGCUGGUGUGAAAUAGUGAACUCUCACAAUUUUUAUAUUGGCUGUAUUCAAAACACUGCCUUAUAUAUCUAUUGACCAUUGGUCAAGGCCAUUAUUCUCAGUAAAAGCUUGUGGUGCAGGACCAGCUUUAAUGCAUGAUACCUUUCCAGAAAGUUUUUUUCUUUCGAACAAGGCCAAUGGCUGUACCUUACAGGUUGUUGUGCAGUCCUGCACGUGUGCAGCUUAGGAGGAAUGUUGGUUGGAGCCCAUUAAUAUUGUUGCCAUCCUUGCACCUUAUCAUUGAGCAUUUUUAAAUUAACCUCCAUCCCAUGUGUUCAUAGGACUCCGAUUUGGCUAAUGUCAGGACUGUUGUAUGAACUAAAGCGGACCAAUUGUUUGAUUUUUCACUUUGGCAAGAGAAGUAAAUAGUCUGCAAUGUGUAGCCUGAAUUUGUCUGAAUUUCUGUUCCUUCAUUCAGAUUUUACUGUGUUCCCAUUUCACUGCUUGAUUCUUUGCCCCACCCAUAUACAGUAUCACAUCUAGUUACGCAGACAGAACAGAAAUUGAGUUUUCCUCCAUUCAGACUGGUAGUUGCCCAGCAGCAAGUAUUCUUUUUUUCACUAGAGUAGAAGCUGGCUGAACAGAUGGUACUUGUAAAGUUCGAGGAAUUGAAGUUCCUAAAUGAUCAAGGAUUCUGAUGAGCAGCAGAAUUGUUUCCCGAGAUGUUUGAAAUUUCAAUUUUUUUAAGAAACAAAUGUUAAUUGCACCCUAGAUAUUUGCUUUGGGAUCAGAAUCUCUGCUGUCACCCUAUGUAUUUUUCAAUGAAGGGUUCAAUCAACAUAAACCUUUGAGGCUGUGGUUUAAAUCAUUAUUUUAGGACUCUCUGCUCUACUGCCACUUUUGCUUAUCCCCUGAAACAACCACUUGAUAUGGUUUAAGUGUGAAUGGUGACAGUUUAAAUUAGUGUGAUUUAUUUUUUAUGCUUGAGCAAAUACAUUCAUAGCUGCCUCCAAAGACCUUGAUUACUGAUGCUGUCUUAUUACUGGGUUUUAAUCUGAAUGUGGAUUGCUAAAGGUUGAGAUUAUAUUGUCUUGUGCUUUUAUUUUUUCUAACUGCCUACCUGAAUCAUGCUGUUGUUUUGCUGCCCUCUGCCUCAGUCCCAGCUUUCAGUUGUCCAUACAACAGUUAUUUAAUAAACUAACAGGAAUUGGUGGGUUUUUUAAAUCCUUGCAAGCAAAUAGCAAUGGCAGAUUACCAAUAAUUGCACAAAAUAGAGCUUGUGAGUAUGUAUUUUAUAAGCAUAGUGCCAAUUCAUUGGUCCUGAAAGCUUAAGUCUUGUUUUACUCAAUCUUGGUUGUUGCAAAUAGCUGAAAUGAGGAUGAGAACAGCUAGUGUGGACACAAAUGAGCUUGCUCUGGUGCUUUAUAAAAUAUCGAACUUUCUGUCCACUUCCAAAAAAUGCAAAGGGUCCUCACAAAGCAAUCCAAGAGGAGCUAAAACUGACUGCAAAAUCCUACAGUUACUAAUUUAUCCAAGUUGUGCGGUUGUAGUUUCCCUUAUUCACCUAUGGUUUUACAAACUCAAGAUCAGUCCUGGCAUUUGUAGAAAUGAAUUUGUUGGUCUCACUACCAUUGUAAUAUCACACUGUCUGACUUUUCUGAUCUCUCUUGUUCCAGUGAUUGUGAAGAGCUUCCUUUUUUUUAAAAAAAAAACUAGGAAAAAUGAUUUGCUUGGAACUCUUGGGGGAUGGAGCAGUUAGUGGUGAUACUGAAUCAUGGCCAAGGGCCAGUAUGCAACAAACAUAGAAACUGAGAAUUAGUUAAAAGCAAUGAAAGUGGUAACCCUUUAGGAAAACCACUCCAGGAUUUCCUGUUCAACUGUAAUAUGUAUAUAUAUUGUUCCUGAUGCUGUUUGUAAAAUAAAAGGAUGAAACAAUGUUGAGACACA